AUGGUUGAUGCGCGGCCAGGCGCCUUGGCACUGUCUGGCCGCGCGUUCUGCUGGGCUGCUGCCGAGCUCAUGGCUGUGGAAGGCCACGCCGUGCUGGGAGUAGACGGCCCCUCACUGGAGGAGGUCGUGCUGCAGAACAGCAGCCAGUUCUACCGGUGGCACACAGAGCUGGAGGCAGCACGAACCCUGGAAACAGAGCAGAAGUACCGGAAUUAUGCAGAUGCGCUGAAAGGCCACCUUACCUCUUGCAAUCACCUUCUUGAAAAGGUGGACAGCACGCUGCAAGGCUUCGACACGCUCAAGACACAGCACAGGAACGUGAGCGCCAAGACGCGGGCGCUGCACGAAAGCUGCGAGCGGCUGGUGGACGAGAAGGAGCGCCUGGUCGAGUUUGCCGAGGCCCUGCGCGCCAAGCUGGCCUACUUUGACGAGCUGGAGCGCAUCGCCUCGCAAUUCCACUCCGGCGUCAUGGCUGUCGACUCGGACCACUUCCUGCCCAUCCUCCACCGCCUGGACGAGUGCAUCACGUAUGUGGCGUCCAACCCCCAGUAUGCAGACUCGACAGCCUACGCCGGCAAGUUCCGGCAGCUGCAUGGGCGCGCGCUGGCCACAGUGCGAGCCAAGGUCCAGCAGGUCAUGCGCCAUGCAUCAGAGCAGGUUCAGGCGGCAAUUGUAGAGGCGAAAGCUUCCAGCAGCGGGCGCCGCAAGCCAGAGGGCGGCAGUGGCGCGGCGGCCAAUGGCCUGGUCCGGAGCGGGUCGGGAAACGCCAAAGUGCCUCUGGCGGAGGGCGCCGAGACAGCGCUCCUGUACGUGCGCUUCCGCGCUGCCGCAGAGCCCGGCCUCAAAGGGUUGCUGGCGGGCGUGGCGGCGCGCGCGAAGCGGCCGGAGUAUGCGCAGCUGCUGACGGACUGCCAGCGCGUGUACUGCGAGGUGCGCCUGGGCCUGGUGGCCGAGAUUACCGCCGACAGGAUUGCCGAGUACGCGCGCGAACCGCUGCCCUCCCUCACGCGCUCCGGCUGCUCCUACCUCAUGCAGGUGUGCCAGAUGGAGCACCAGCUGUUUGAGCACUUCUUCCCGGAGUCUGACAGCGACAGCGGCGCGCUGGCGCCCCUGAUGGACCCCCUGUGCACCGUCCUGUACGACGCCCUUAGGCCCGUCUUCAUCCAGCUGCAGAGCCUGGACGAGCUCUGCGGCCUCGUCGACAUCCUCCAGCAUGAGGUGUUGGAGGAGCAGCUGGGGCGGAGAGGGGAUGCAGUGGCGCCGCUGAGGCCUGUGCUGCUGCGCACGCUGGCAGACAUCCAGGAGAGGCUCACCUUCCGAGCACAAGCCUUCAUCAAGGAGGAGGUGACAGGCUUCCAGCCAAAGGCGGAGGAUCUGGACUACCCCAACAAGCUGGUGCGCUUGGCUGAGCAGCCGGACGCGGCCGUGCCAGACUCCCAUGCCGAUUCCCUGAAUGCCUACACGACCUGGUACCCUCCGGUGCAGCAGACUCUGCUCUGCCUCUCCAAGCUCUACCGCUGUGUGGAGGCCAAGGUCUUUGCGGGCCUUGCGCAGGAUGCUGUGUCAUCAUGCGCUGCGACUGUACAGAUGGCUGCUCGCGCUGUGGGCCGCAGAUCGUCCUCCAUGGAUGGGCAGCUCUUCCUCAUAAAGCAGCUGCUCAUCCUCAGGGAGCAGAUUGCUCCCUUUGAGGCGGACUUCUCUGUCACAGAGAAGGAUCUGGACUUCACCCACAUGCGUGAUCACCUGAGGAGAAUACUUGCAGGCAUGCUUUCUCUUCCAGGAGCUCCCAGAUUGAUGGAGAAUUUGAUUGACAGCAAGAAGGAGCUGGAGAAGCUGCUGAAGGCGACGUGUGAGGUGUUCAUCAUGGCAGUGACCAAGCUGACGGUGGAGCCCAUGCUGAGCUUCAUCACCAAGGUCACCGCCGUGCGCGUCGCCUCCUCCCUAAACCCUGGCCGCCGCCUCCGCGAACAGGCGUUCGCUGCACCGGAGCGACUGGAGGAGAUGGCGGUGCGCGUGCGCGAGGCGCUGCAGAAGGAGCUGCCGGCCGUGGUGGCCAAGAUGCGGCUGUACCUGAACAACCCGGCCACGCACGCCAUCCUCUUCAAGCCCAUCAAGUCCAACAUCGCCGAAGCGCACGGUCAGAUCGCGUCGCUGCUCGAGUCGGAGUACACACCUGAGGAGGCGGCCCGAGUGCCGCUCACCUCACCUCAGCAGCUCGCGGCGCUCCUGGACAGCUUGUGCUGA